AUGGAUUCGUCGCCACCUUUGUUCAUCAAAGAUGAGCAUGUCAAGGACCUGCCCGAGCCAGCCCUCGAGCUACUAGAGACAUACGCCAACAUUCCCGCCCAAGACGUCAUCCCUCAUGUCCUCACGCUUCCAAGAACCCAAGUUGACGUGAAUGACUACCAGCGCAACGAAGCCUUUGUUUUGCACCCUUGGCCAUGUAUCGGCCGGCUGCGAUUUUUGUGCCCUUCUCUUCCAACAUAUGCAGCGUAUCCGCGCAUUCUCACGAAACUAAAGUCUGACUCUUCAGCUGCGCUUUUAGAUGUCGGAUGUUGUUUUGGACAGGAUCUGAGGAAAUUAGUCCUUGAUGGUGUUGAUCCGUCGCAACUGGCUGCGCUGGACCUCGUGCCCGAGUUUUACGAGAUGGGCAAGAGGCUCUUUCGCGACGGCGACAAGCUCCAUAUUGACUUUUACGGUCGCGACAUCUUUGACAGCGGUGCCGACUGGGAGCCGCUGCGCCAGCGAUUCGACAUUAUUCACAUGACUAGUUUUUUGCACAUCUGGAACUGGCGGGGGCAGGUUGGGGCGGCUCGGCGCAUAGUUCAAUUUGUCAAACCAAAGCCCGGGUCUCUGUUGGUUGGGAGUGGCCUUGGGAGUGUCGUUGGUGAAGAGCGUCCCGCCUUGCAGGGCAUGGGUGUUCACUAUCGCCAGAGUGAGGAGUCAUUCGCGCGGUUGUGGAAAGAGGUUGGUGAUGUUACUGGCACUAAAUGGAAGGUCCAGAGUCGGUUCCAUGGAUUCCAGAUUGGCCAACAGAAUCAAGGACAAGGUGCUGAAGAUGCCAACGUGGGAUGGUUGACUUUUGAGGUGCACAUGCUGUGA